GUGGCAAGCGACUAGAUACUUCCUGUUCGCUGUGUUGACAAAUGAAAGAGAGACAGCCAGAUGGAUUCAUAAUUUUACGAUAACUCCGAAGCUAACCCGGUUUUAACUCAGGUUAGCUAUCACAUGCCUUGGCACACACCGUAGAAGGUAGUUAGCGAACGAGCCUUGCAGAGGUAAUGGACGGGACUAGGCUGUUGUUCGUGUUGUUUGGGGGUUUGUUGGAGGUGUAUUGUGGUGUGUCGGCUAACAGAGGGGGAUCUCCUUCGUUUACUGAUGAAAUCCCAUUCAAAAUUAACUGGCCUGGGGCCGAAUUCACCCUGCCAACCUCAGGUGCCCUCUACAAAGAAGAUGACUUUGUCAUCAUGACAACAACAGAGAAGGAGAAAUACAAAUGUCUCCUGCCUUCCCUGUCAAAUGGAGAUGGCGAUGAUGACAAGGUGUACGCUGGUCCCACUCCAGGUGAUCUGCUGGACCCACUGUUCAAACAGAACAGCUGCUCCUACAGAAUCGAGUCAUACUGGACGUAUGAGGUGUGUCAUGGGAAACAUGUGAGACAAUACCAUGAGGAGAAGGAGACGGGACAGAUCAAAGUUCAGGAGUACGUCUUGGGAAGCAUGACCAAGUCGACAGAGUCUUCAGCCACUUCAGGAACAGAGAUUGCAGAGGUAGAGAAAGUCGAGGAGAUGGAUCCUACACCAGAAGCUGAGAAAGAGGUUCCCACUAAGAACGUGGAAGGCCAGCUGACUCCAUACUACCCGGUGUUGAUGGCCCACGGGACAGCGUGCGUCCUGAAACAGAACACGCCUCGCUCCACCAACGUGCUGUAUGUCUGCCACCCCGAAGCCAAGAACGAGAUCCUCUCUAUCGCUGAGGUCACUACCUGCGAGUACGAAGUAGUGGUGCUGACCCCUCUGAUCUGUGCACACCCCAAAUACAGGUUCAAGUCGUCCCCAGUGAAUGCCAUCUUCUGCCAGGCCAUGUCUGGUUCUCCCCUGCGGCCUCACAGGCUCUCUCAGAUGGACCGGGAGCAGGAGCUGCUGAAACCUACCUUCACUGCCGCUGCCCCGGAAAAAGAAGAGGAGAGUACGUCCCCCGUGAGAGAGGAGGCCUUCUCCUCUACCCAUAAGCCCCUGGUGGUGGGCGGGCAGACCCAGGUUACCGUGGGAACCACCCACAUCUCCCGUCUGACAGACGAGCAGCUGAUCAAAGAGUUCCUGAGUGGCUCCUACUGUCUCCAUGGGGGAGUGGGAUGGUGGAAGUAUGAGUUCUGCUAUGGGAAGCAUGUACAUCAGUACCAUGAGUAUCUAAUACAGGAUGAUGAAUCGAUUCUCUCCCAGGAUAAGGAGCAGGGGAAGAACAUUGUGGUAGUGGGCAGUUGGAACGCUGAGGAACAUCUGCAGUGGGCUCAGAAGAACGUGGCCCGAUCCUACCAGUUCAAAGACGACGGGGUCCAGAAAGUCAAACUGGUGUCCCUCUUCUACGGCCAUGGGGACGUGUGUGACCUGACGGGGAAACCCAGACAGGUCAUCGUCAAGCUCAAGUGUAAGGAGUCUGAGUCUCCCCAUGCCGUCACUGUGUACAUGCUGGAGCCUCAGACCUGCCAGUACGUCCUUGGGGUUGAGUCUCCAGUUAUAUGCCAGAUCCUGGACACAGCUGAUGAGAAAGGCCUUCUAUCCAUCUCCAGCUAACAGCACGGACAGAGGCAAAAAGGAGGGAUGAGCAGAA